AUGGAAGAAAGUAACCCCAGAAGUAAAGGAGAACUAUGGGAAGAGAUUAAACUCUUUUUUGAAGUUGAUGAAACUGGAAAACAAUUUUUGAUGAAUAGGCUUGGUAUCCUUAUACGAAACUUUCGAAGGAAAUUGUAUGCAUAUUAUAUCAAGCCAAAUCUAGGAAAUACCAAAAAGCUUUCAAAAAUCUCCAUUCAUGAUCGUGCACUGAUUACUGAAAAAUAUGACUGUUGUGUCACAAAGGACUAUGAAAGCACGAAAGAUGUCAAAGUAUGCUCAUCGGAUGGGACGAGGGGGUAUACGACUCUAAGGCGGAAGUUGAUUGAAGAGAAAGUGAUUUCAAAUGAAGAAAUGCCCCCAAGGUCGAUUAUGUUGUGUAAAGGACGUGAAAGUAAAGGAGAAUUUAAAGAUGAAGAUGUUAAACUCAUGUCGGAUAAACUAAUGGAACAUGAAAAGCAGAUAAAAGUAGGACAACUAAAUGUUGAAGCGGGCACGGAUGCCCUGACCUUAGUUUUUGGCAAGGAAAAGGGCGGAUUUUUAAAGGGUGUCGGCACGGAAGUCACGUACAAUAGAUAUUUCAAUGUUCCUCGCUACAAAGGAUCUUCUAAGGAGGAAAUUAAAUAUCUUAAAGUUGCACUGUAG